CUGGAGGAUGAUUUGCCUCUGAGCGCGGUGGGAUCGAGGAGGGUCACAGGAGAAAGGCAGAUCCAACAGCUUUCCUCAGACCAAACCAAAAAGAAAAGAAUGUCCUCGCCGAUGACCAGACGGAAUAGCUGCCGUGGACCGGCUUGCGGAAGCCGGACGCCCCCCGAGUGCCCCCCGCGCCGGCGGGGCUCCAGCUGCGCGUACCCGUUCCCCGGAACGCAGGCAGAGGAGCUAUCCGCCAGCCUGAGCCAGCCCAUGCUAGCCGUAACGCUGCGCUUCCUGCUGGCGGUGGACCUGUGGCUGUCCAAGCGGCUCGGGGUGUGCGCCCGCGAGGGCUCCGCGUGGGGCAGCCUCCGGCCCCUGGUGCGCCUGCUGGAGCUCUCCGGGCACGUCGUCCCCUGGAUCGUCGGCGCCGUGUACACUCUGGUGCGCGUGGAGAGCGAGGCCGAGCGGGAAGUCAUGCUGAAUUUAUUCCUGGCUCUGAUUCUGGACCUGCUGCUGGUCAGGGCCGUGAAGGCCGUGGUCCGCCGGCGGAGGCCUGCCCAGAACCGCUCGGACAUCCUCUCGGCCUUCUUCGUGGAGCGCUACUCCUUCCCCUCGGGCCACGCGUCGCGGGCGGCCAUGUGCGCCCGCUUCUUCCUGGCCCAGCUGGCCGACACGGCCUCCAUGCGGGUCCUGGUGGUGGGCUGGGCCGCCCUGGCCAGCCUGUCCCGGCUGCUGCUGGCCAGGCACUACGUGACGGACGUGGGCUUCGGGCUGGCCAUGGGCUACUGCCAGUACAGCUUGGUGGAGAAGCUGUGGGUGACUUGGGACUGCCUGCAGGACCUCCUGCUCAUACGGCUGAGAGAGAGCCUGGACAGGGCUUACAGCGGACUCUGGACGGUUGACUGGAAAUAUUAG